CAUCUAAAACAACAAUGAAGAAAGUUCAAGCUACGCUAGAAUUUUCUUUACAUUUCAACCAAUUCCAAGGUCUGCUUCCGCUGAAAACUGGAUAUUAUAGAAUCUGGGCGUCAUUCAGCAUUCCGAGGAGCAUCCCUCACUCGAUGGAAGCACGGAUUUACCGAACUAGUGAUGGUUCGGAGCAGCCGGCUUCAAUCAGCGAAAAUGUCCUUCGCAGCUGCGUGUUUAAAAUAGUCGACUUCGAGCAAGGUGUUCGGAUUGACGAUGUUGGGAUAUUCAGCAUUAUUGCCCUCCUGGAUGAGAGUAAAAUUGAAGAGACUCUGAAUGCCCUGGAGGGAAAGCUGAUCUUCAACAUCUACUUCAGGCAGAGGUACCUUGAAUUCAAAAACUUUGAGGACAUGGAUCUGAUCUGCAGCCAGGAAGCAACCGUGCGUUUUAAUCUGCACGGUGGGAUCCAUACCCACAUGAAUGUGGUGUUUGACAACUUUUCUCAAUUGUCCUUUACAAUUCAUGGCCUGUUGGUUGUGCUGCAGCCUGCACUGAGGAGCUUUCCGGACAAAAGCUCCUUGUUCAAAAAGAUUCUCCCCAAUUGGUGGACAAAGACAAACGUUCCAACGUUGGAAAGUGUCAUUUUUGGCAAAGCCAUAAAGAAGAAAUUGGCAGUGGAUGGUAAAAGCUCAGUGAUAGAAGGGAAAUACCUGCAGCAUGCCUACCGUUUCCUCUCUGCGCUACGGUCCUGCUUGCUGCUUUCCUAUGAUGGAUUCUACAGCUAUUUCAGCUCAGUGUCAGAAACACUGCCUUCCCCCUGCAAGCUGGAGCUUGAAAAUCUCAAUAUGAAAGCCCGGCUUAGCGACUUACACGACAAAGUGACAGAAAUAGAGGACCCCGGUGAUCUGGCAGAAGCAAUUAAUGCCAGCCUAUUAGAGCUGUCGGGUGAACUGCUCAAUCUGUGGGGAACAUUCCUACAAUUCUCCUUGAAGCGGGAAAUGGAAGCUUUUAUUGAAGAAAAAGCAAGGGAAGAAAAGAUCGGCAAAUUGUUCUUUUCUACCCAGCAUCCCCGGCAAGGAGCUCUUACCUACGAUGAGAAGAUAACCCAAAGCCACAAAUGGAUUUAUAAAGAAGUGAAGAACUCUCCCAGAGACAGCUGUUCCCUUGAGUGCCCCGGAAUGGACUGCGUGGUGCGCUCUCCUCCUGUGAUCUUUGAGGACCGGUACCUGGAUCCAAACGAGGGACUUCAGCCAAUCUGUGAUGGCGAUACUUUAAUACAAGUAUUGUUCCAGAACAAAGGAGAAGUCAUCAAUAGGGAACCCAUCUGGGUGCGAUAUAUUCAUCCAGCAAAUGUGUCCCCCCCAGCGGGGAAACAGAUCCAAGAAGACUUCAGGUUCCCUCAGGUAGCGAGGCCUCCAGUACAGAAGAAAGAUCUAGAAAAAAGAUCUAGUGAAGAUGAUGGAACCCAUCUGAUUGUCUGUGCCCACGGUCUGGGCGGUUCCCACUUUGAUCUGAUGCUUGUGCGACAUUACAUCGAGGCUGGAGUGACGGACAGAGAUGUUGACUUCCUAAUGUCUAAGAGCAACAUGGGUCCCUUCAGCUUCUGGAACAUUGAUUACUUGGCCAAGAAUCUCCUAAACGAAAUCUUAAAUCACAUAGAAAUCAAAAAGCUGACUGUUUCCAGGAUCAGCUUUAUCGGCUUCUCUUUAGGCAAUAUAAUAAUACGGGCCGUUCUGUGCCGCCCUGAGUUUGAAGCCUACCUUGGGAAGCUGCACACCUUCCUAUCCUUUGGGGGCCCACAUAUGGGCGUCCUGUACAACAGCAGUACUCUGCUUAAAAUAGGUCUGAGGUGCAUACAGCUGCAAAAGAGCAACGUCUCUGUGUUGCAGUUGGGGUUCAGAGAUCACAAAGACCCGAGAAAAACGUUCCUCUACCAACUUAGCCAGAAAGCAGGUUUGGAGUACUUCAGGAACGUGGUGCUAGUGGGCUCGUUACAGGAUAAGAUGGUUCCUUAUCACUCGGCUCGCAUGGAGAUGUGCAAAGGCGCUCUGAAGAGCAAUACAUUAGGAACUGUUUACAGUGAGAUGGUCCGCAACGUCCUCGAGCCAGUUCUAAAGAACAAGAACUGCAACUUUGUCAGAUAUGACAUUGCCUUGGAUCAGCCCAAUACCUUCAAGUCCUUUAUUGGAACUGCAGGCCACACCGCAAUGAUAACAUCUUGGCAAUUCCUGGAACAAUUCUUUCUAAACGCCGCCCUCGACUAUUUCGAGUAGAAGAAAUGCAGUGCUUUAAUAUGAUCUGAGAAAGGAUCCGGCGUAUGCCCAUUGAACGAAACGAGGUUUCGUACGAUAUUAUUGGUGCGUGUAUGGCCAGCUUUACAGACAUAAGGUUAUUCCUUAGGAAACUCCUCCAUUCACAGGUGGGGUGGGGGCAGCUGCAGGGGGAACGCCUCUGGCUCCGGUCACAGGCAAAGCAAGGAGGGCCGCAGAGGGGAACAGAGCAUUACAAGGGCUCAUCGAAACUCCUCCUGUCACAGGCACAGGGAGGGGGCUGCAUGGGGGGAAUGGGGCCCCACGCAGUAUCACAAACUCCUCCGUUUGUAAAGAGGAGC